UCUCCCUCCCUCCCCUCUGGCCUCUAUCCUACUAGGGCAGUCUAUGUGUAGCGCCGCAGGAUCAGGAUGAGGUGGAUUAUGGCGCCAUCCUGCAUGUCGUAGUCCGACACCGUACGACACUUCUCGAGCUCUCUGCAGAUAGAAAGACGGACAGCCAGUCAGCCCACACACACACACACACACACACACACACACGUGCAGUGACGUGCGUGUUCAUUUAGUUAUUACGUGCCGCAGAAGAGCAGCCGCUGCUUGACGACCGGGAUGCCCUCCGCAAGUCGCACGCCGUACUUGAGGUCCUCUACCGUGGCGUCUGGGCGGGCCCACAGCUCGAUGGUUUUGCCCGUGAUGGUCUGGCGCACACCUUGAUGAAUCUACUGAACUCCUCGCUGCAGCCGAGCAAACACAGACAGACCCAAAAGAGAGAGACGGAAUGAGAGUGCUGAGUGCUGUAAGCGCCACACGCACCAAGUGGGCGGCUGUGUGAGGACAUAGUUGUCCUGGUGGCGGCUACCUCCCCACCACUGCAGGCACACCAUCCCCAAGGGCCACACAAAAGCCACCGUACAGCCCAUUAGGGCAUCCACCCAUCUGUCUAGUCACUCACUCAGUCACUCACUCACCAGUAGCUGUGUGUGUAGGGGCGGCCGUAUAGCUCUGCAAACUUGUCUAAGGCGGCCUGCCGGCGGCGCAUCUUCAACUCGUCGCUGUCGUACUCGCCCAUCGCUUCACUGCACGCACGUUAGCAAACACACACACAGAGAAACACACACACACACAGAACACCGCAAUGCGCGCUCUGUGGUCUGUUUGUGGUGCUCUGUCUGUGUGUGCGUACUGUGGAAUGACGGGUUCGAUGCCGACGAUGCGCGAGAGCGACAUGUACAGCACCGGAUCGACCAGCACUGAGUGCCACACCUCGUCGAUGUGGGGCGGCACCGACAGGCGGCAGCUGCGGUCGUUCUCCACACCCUUCUGCACACACACAUCACACACAACCACACCCAACAGCAACAAACAGACCAUUUGCGCAGCCGCUUGUGUGCUGAUUCAUGCAUUCAUCGUACUACCAGCAU